CGGCCGGAGAAUCCGAUGGAACCCUUUAAGCCGUUCCAUGUAGCAUCAAGCGCUCCGCCUUGCCUUCAUCUGUUGCCUCAUAUUUUGUUAUUGUCAUGGGCGUCUCCCGCUCUGCAAAGAUUACGACGCUCCUAGUCAUCGACGUCGCCUUUUUCUUCGUCGAACUUAUCGUCGGAUAUGCUGUUGGGUCUCUUGCACUCGUCGCCGACAGCUUCCAUAUGCUCAAUGAUGUCAUGAGCCUCGUUGUCGCCCUUUACGCGAUUAAAUUGACUGCCCAAACCGAUCCGGAUUCGCGCUAUUCUUACGGCUGGCACAGAGCGGAAAUACUCGCCGCUCUCGUCAAUGGCGUAUUCUUGCUCGCUCUGUGCUUCUCAAUCUCUCUCGAAGCGUUCGAGCGGUUCUUCAGCACCCCAGAGAUAUCGAAUCCUCGCUUGGUGGUCAUAGUCGGGUCUCUUGGCUUAGCAUCUAAUGUGCUUGGGCUGUUCCUGUUCCACGAACACGGCCAUCCCCAUGAUAUCCCACUACCUUCUACCCCGGACGGUGCCCUUGUUGAACCCGGUGACGUCACACCCACACAGAAAAUCUCAAUUCGUCGUCAGUCUCGGUCCAGAUCACGCUCUAUAUCGCAGGACGACUUCUCGUCUAUGUACGGUCAUCCCGCCGCCACCCGCGCUUCGCUCGUCAAGACGGCGCAGGAGAUGGCAGCUAGGUCUCCCUCCCCAACGCGAACUCAUCGAGCAAGUCCUUCGCUAUCAAGGUCCCUGGACACAGCUUCGCUUCCCAGUCGAAAUGUCACUGUGCUACCUCCCGACCUCGCCACAGAAGAUGAUUCGGAUACUCUUCCUGUCUCUGGUGAAGCCACACCCCUGUUAAGCCAUACUCAUCAAGGUCCUGGCAUGCCGAGUGGUAACCAACCUGACAAACCACCUUCCCAUGGGCAUUCUCACGGUUCUAUGAAUAUGCGCGCUCUAGUCCUUCACGUCCUUGGCGAUGCGCUGGGAAAUGUUGGAGUCAUAGCAACUGGCUUGGUAAUCUGGCUCACUUCUUGGAGCUUCAAGUAUUACUUUGAUCCCAUAAUCAGUUUGGUUAUAACCGUAAUCAUCUUCUCCUCAGCUUUACCUCUAGUGCGCAGUGCAUCCUUUAUACUGCUUCAAGGUGUCCCGUCAACCAUCUCUCUCGAUGAAGUUCGCAAUUCGAUCUUGGACGUCGAAGGGGUGCUUUCGCUUCACGAGUUGCAUGUUUGGCAGCUGUCAGAGACCAAAAUCAUUGCCUCUGUGCAUGUCCUUGCUUCUAGGAACCAUGACUUCAUGCCUGUAGCGGCAAAAAUACGCAAGGCACUCCAUCAUCACGGAAUUCAUUCCAGCACGAUACAGCCUGAAUACCUCAAACAUACUGGGCCUGAGGAACUGUAUAAAACAUCUACGUCUUGUCUCAUUAUGUGCCCACCAGAUCAAGAAUGUGAUCCUCAAGAAAAUGCAUGCUGUCCUCCCCCUGUCGGAGAGGUUUAAAUUACACAUUGCGUCCUUUACGAUGCAAGAUUCAUAACAUAGAUUGAAAGAUAUAAAUGUUACAUGUUACACUCCUAAUUCACCCAUAAAUACAGGGAAAUUUGCAACA